CAGUGGUCACGUGGCUUAGUAUGUACUGCCGUGAAGCAGUGCAUAAAAGGCGAACGACUGGAAGACAAGGGAAAUAUAUUCGGCCGUCCAAGGCCAGUCAGAGUCUUAGGUUACUCAAAUUUGGUACCAAAUGAUUCUUUAGAACCUCAUCUAAAGAAUGACAAUCAUCCUUUUUCUCAUCGACACUAGUGGGUCGAUGAAUCAACGCACGUAUUUGGGGACCACAUUGCUAGAUGUAACAAAGGGGGCAGUGGAAAAUUUUAUGAAGAUUAGAUCGCGAGACCCAGCCUGCAGGGGCGACCGAUACAUGCUGUUGACCUUCGAAGACCCGCCAGCCAACGUCAAGGCAGGAUGGAAAGAAAGCCAUGCCACUUUUAUUCAUGAGUUGAAGAAUUUGGAAGCCUUUGGCCUCACAUCUAUGGGGACAUCACUCAAGUAUGCAUUUGACUUGCUUAAUGUGAACAGGAUACAGUCUGGGGUGGACAACUACGGACAGGGAAGAUGUCCAUUUUUUAUGGAACCUGCUGUGAUAAUCUGCUUUACUGAUGGAAAGAAGUUGACCAGUUCUAUAGGAGCCCAGACUGAGUUGAAUCUCCCUAUGAAUAACUUGGUGCCAGGAAGCGAGCUGACGAGGGAGCCUUUUCGCUGGGAUCAGCGCCUCUAUGGUAUCGUACUUCGUAUGCCAGCCACACCUCCCCCAGAGAGUGCGCUGCAGGGCUUGUCGUACAUUCAUUCUGCGGAGGACUCCCUCAUUGAUGAGAUGUGUGAAGUGACAGGGGGUCGUUCUUACUGUAUCUCCAAUCACCGUAUGUUGGUCCAGUGCCUGGAGUCUGUCGUUCAGAAAGUGCAGCCAGGAGUUGUGAUAAAUUUUGAGAAGAUUGGCGCAGACCCAAGUCCUGUGAAUACAGAGGCAAAAUUAGAAAAUGGUCAGGAUGCAACAAAAGAAAAUCUGGACAGCAAUAUGCUUGACGUGCGCAACCCAGUACCAGAAGAAAAGCGACGUUCCCAGACCCCCACCAACGCUAACAAUGCCUGGCAGAACUGCCGCAGGCUGAUCUAUGUCCACAGGUCCGCACAAAAAGGAUAUAUGAUUGGUCAUUGGCCCAUUCCAGAGAACUUUUGGCCGGACCUGAACAGUCCCACCUUGACCCCACGGUCAGCCCACCCUAAUGUGAAGUUUUCCUGUACCCCCUGUGAUCCUAUGGCUGUCGAGAAUUUCCCCUUUGAUAAAUACGAGUUGGAACCGUCCCCUCUGACACAGUACAUCCUGGAGAGGAGACAGCCAAAUGCUUGCUGGCAGGUGUUUGUAAGCAAUAGUGCCAAAUACAGCGACAUUGGUCAUCCGUUUGGCUAUCUAAAGCCCAGUAGUAAUCUCACCAUGGUCAAUCUGAUAGUGAUGCCAUACAACUACCCAGUGUUGCUGCCUCUACUUGAAGAUCUAUUCAAAGUCCACAAACUGAAACCUAACCAAAGAUGGCGGCAGCAGUUUGACAACUAUCUCAAAACCAUGCCAGUGUACUAUGCAGGGCCACUGCGGAGAGCUCUUAGUCGUAUGGGUGUUCCCAACCUCGUACCCGAGAACAUGGAAAACUGUCUUAGCUACAGCGUCAUUUCCUACCUCAAGAAACUGAAGAACCAGGCCAAGCAGGAUUACGACCGUCUGGUAGCCUCUGUUGGACAGAAAAUACCUCUGCAUGAAGGAAUCAAAGUACAGUCAAGGUCCCAGACGUCACUUUUAGAGCGGAAGGACCUGCAGCAGUUAAUGCAACAUUACGGGGGCUCUAUCUCAGUGCUGAAGGAACAGCUCAGUGAAUACAGUGGCUUCAGUCUGGGUGUUCCUGAUAGAGAUAUUCAACCACAGAUGUAUAGGAAUCCUUUUGACAUACCAAGGACAGAUCUUCUCGAUCAAAUAUCCCGGAUGCGUGCCAAUUAUUUACAGCCCUCACCAACAGGCACCCGCCUCGUGGAUGACGAUCAAAUGCACAGCAUACCAGUCCAAGAGAUGGGCAACUACCAGGAAUAUCUGAAGAAGGCCCCGCAGCCGCUGAGAGAAAUUGACACACAACCUGUCAGGUUACAUAUGUUUGGAAAUCCCUUCAAAGUUAAUAAAAAUAUAAUGAUAGACGAAGCAGAUGAGGCAAUGCCAGGGCAGCAGAAAAUGAAACGUUCCUUAGAAUCUCCGCCCAGUUCUCCAGGCCCUAAGAGACGGAAACCUGGUCCUCUCCCCAAAGAUAUAAAAUGGCGUCCAGGGUCCCCCUCCAUAGGGCAACAAAUGGAAGCCCAGAAAUGUGACGAUUCUAAAGUCAAAGAACAAGAAACAAAUCACAACAAUCUGAUUGCCAAGGACAACAACCAUGUGAUCAAGAAUGCCUCUCCUGAACCAAUAGAAAUGAACAAUCACUUUGAUGCCUCAGACACAGAAUCUGUGAACAGUGACACCAAUUCCCUCUCGCCCCCAACCAUAGUAUUAGACGGUUACACAUCGCAGGGAGAAGAGGACAAUCUUAGGGGGAGGCUUUCACCCAUGUCAAAAUUACAGCAACAGAAACAAGAAGCUCAGGCGAUAGCGCAUAAUAAAAAAUUACGACGAUUGGUCGUUCGGGAAGUGAAACAACCUGGAAAAAAUUAUGCCCCAUUGUUUCAACAUCUCGGCUGUAUCCAAGGCAACCUUGACCUCAAACUGACAUUUCUUAGAGAUGUAAUUCAUGAAGCCUCACGCUUCAAAAAACGUGCGUUGAUUGAAAUGCUUGAACAGUUUGAAGAGACGUUGGUGAAAAAAGAGAUGGGAAAUAACAACAGACAAAACAACUGCCACAAUGUGAAAGUAUUACCAGGCUCUAAUGAUGGGAGGUAG